AUGCUCAAGGCGCCGUCGGGUUCGGGCCUCCCCGCCUGUCAGACAAUACCAAUUGACCGUAUACAAGAUGGUGUCCCAGUGGGGAUAUCGCCGCGCCAUGAAUUUACUCCCAAUGACCCAUCCACUAUCUUGGCGGACAGACAUCAAAUAUAUAAACAGUGGAUCGCAGCUGGCACACCUCAUAAUAUUGUCUGUUCAGAAUGCCGCAAGCCGAAAAAUCUGAUAUUAUGCGAAUCCUGCUGUAGAUCUUACCACACCUCAUGUUUAUCACCGCCGGAUGUGCCUACUCAGCCGAUGCGAUUUUAUUGCCCAGCGUGCAGUAGCGGACAAUGGAGCCGUUCGACGUCGACUGUUGGCACCCCAGCUACGGUAUCUCCUGAAGCUUCCCGGUCUAGUACGCCGGUUGUACGUAGUACAACGGCGGGCAUCAUGAGUCCUCCGCAACCAAUUGGCAGUUGCACGCAGUCAACACGAACAACAUCGCAUAAAAUGCAGGCUCCGUCAUCUGCUGAGGGCCGUGCUAUGCCAGUACCAAACGUCUUUGACCCGCGCAUAUUAACCCGAGCCCAGGAAUUUCUCCGCACUCAUGGUGGCUUUCCAGAGUCUCAGGAGUUCUCGGCAGACUUACUUUUGAAACUUGGCUCUAUGAUGGCAGAGCUUGACCUUCAUCGGGAACAAGUCCAAGAAUUGGCAUCGGAAAAUACACACUUGCGACAAGAUAACGCGAACGUCAGAGCGUACUUGGACUCCAACUUGACGACAGGAAUGCCGAUUGCUCCUCCUGGCGGUGAUUUAUCGGCUAUCCAGCGACCUUCCACUGAUACGACUGGGAAGUCAUGGGAUAGAAUCGUGAUGGAUUUGAUUUGA